UAAAAAUAAAGAAUUAACAUCAGAUCAAGAUCAAAUUACCAAAAUUCCCAGAACAUUUGAUUAUCCGACAUUUAUUAGAUCGUUAAAUAUAGAAUUUCUAGCUGAUGCAGUUAUUGAAUGGUUACAAGAACAAGAAUUAGCAGUUUACGAGACAGAAACUGAUAGUAGUAGUGGAGAUGAAUCUUCAAAUGAUGAAGGAAUUUCAUGUUAUGACAAUUCUAACGAUAAUUUGGAAUCCUAUGAACUUGAUGAAUAUUUAGUAUCGGAACUUUGUAAACUUUUUAUUAAAAGUUCCCGAAAAAUUACGGAUCUUAGUAUCGUUGAUCUUUCGAUUGAUGGAAUUUUUGUUAAUCAAAUUCCUAGUUAUCCAAGAAAUAAUAAUUGUUUAUCACAUAUUGAAUCAUUGGAAUUUGAUGGAUCAUUCUGUGGUAAACCUUUUAUAACUGGUUUAACUAAAUUUUGUCGAAAUAUUAAAACUCUUAUAAUUGAUGAUAUGGAUGAAGAUACGCCAUUUAUUGAAGAAUUAGCUAUUUUAAUUAGAAAUCAAUCAAAUCUUAUUGGAUUCAGUUUAUCAGAUAUACCUUUAGAUAUGUCAACAGUUAUAAGAUCACUCGAAUCACAAGUUGAUUCACUUAAAGAAGUUAUUAUUAGGGAUGCUUACAUUCAUGAUAAAGAUGCAAUUAAAUCAUUGGCACGUUGUGUUAAUAUAGAAUCUAUUGAUUUAUCAUUUGAAGAAAAAAAAUAUUAUAAAUCAUUCACUCCUUUAUGGUAUUGUAAUUUUAAUAAACUUAAAUAUUUAGGUAUUUCAAUGUAUUAUACCUGGCAAGAUCCUUUAUUUAUAGAAAAUAUUAGAUCAUUUUUGGCACUUAAUGGUAAAAAUCUUUGUGGAAUAAAUUUAUGUCUUACAACCACAAUUUAUACUGAAAUACUUCGAAAUAUUGGAAUUUCAUGUCCUAAACUUUCACAUUUAGAAAUUAAUCGAAUUUAUGAUGGAGUUAAUUAUCUUGUUGAAUUAUUAAAAUUACAAUUACCAUUAAAGAAAUUAGUAAUUGAAUAUGAUAAAUCAAAACUUCAUAAAGCCAAUGGAAUAUUACCACCAUUUAAAACAUUACGAUCAUUGGAUGAUUUAGCCACAUUUGAAAUUGGAUGGAUUUUUUCUACCGAAUAUUUAAAAGAAAUAUUUGAUGAUUGGGAAUGGUUCUGUAUUGAGAAAAAAUAG